CUAGGUUGAGCAAACACAUGGACUUGUGUUAAAUCUAGUAUAAAAUGGUGAGUUGUUGGAGAGAAGACACAGACUUGACUCCUGAUCACACAAACCAACUCCAGCAUCUUGUCUUGACUACUGAUCACACAGACCAACUCCACAAUGUUGUCACUGAAGAGGUCCUUGGCUCUGGCUGUAAUCAUGUGUUCACUGCUGCCACUGUGCCAUGCUAGCUGCUGGGUUAAACCAGCUGAACCAGGCAUGUAUUGUACAGGCAUGAGGCAGUGUCUUUACGACAAUGAUGGGACGUGGCAUGAUAUCGGGUCCAGCUGGAGGACCAGUGAUUGUAUGAGCUGCUAUUGUCAAGCAAAUGGGGACAUGUCAUGCUGCCAGGCGUAUUCUGAGCCCAUAGGUUUUCCUGAUGAUUGCAUGAAGGAGUUUGACCAAAAGGCAUGUAAAUACAACGUGUUCAAGAAGAAUGAUCGCUCCAUUCCUUGCCCUAUCUCCGGCAGUAAAGGGAAGUGAUGUGUCUUCUUCACCUUGCUCUCAAUAAACGGGAAAUGAAAGAGGAGAGAGUAAAGUAAUUGUUUUAUAGAUUGAAUUGACAAAAUUGUUAGCAUAGCUCUGCUACACUGUCUGGUAACUUUCUGUAGCUAUAAUGAUUGAAAAGCUGUACUGUAAUGUGUCUAUCACUGAAGCUCUGUUAUCAUCUGUGCUUACUGAAUCGUGAGAAUAACCUGGGUUAAAUACUAUCUGAAACUGUGAGCAUUUGAUUUGUCCUGCCUGGAGUGCAAGAUGGAUGGGGUUUGCUGUUUUGGGACAAUUCUAUUGGUCCAUUAAGCCAGUGUUCCCCAACCCUGGUCCUCCAGUACCCCCAACAGUACAAAUGUUUAUUGUAA